AUGGAGAAGCAUCUCGCCAAUAUCACCAGCGGCGCGGGGCUGGUGGUCGUCGCAAUCUGCCUUCUUUACAUCCCGUAUCUGUACAAUGCGACUGAUGCAAUCACCAACGACCUUGCUGUGAAAAUGGAUGAGUUUCGGGUUCGCCAGAAUGAAGUCUCUGAAAGCCUAAGAAGAACCGGCAGCCAGUUUAUAACCAUCCGUCGAGAAAGACAGGUUCAAGGCGUAUGCCAAUGCAGUGGAACGAACCAAUGUCCUCCAGGGGCACCAGGUGCUCCCGGAGCUCCAGGAGUGCCAGGAGAACCCGGAAAGCACGGUACCAAAGGCCCACCAGGUGUUCCCGGCAUCGUUCCACCAUUGCCGAUUAUGGAAGAUACUUCAAAGUGCAAAGUCUGUCCUCCUGGACCAGUUGGACCCCCUGGACUACCUGGGCCAGCAGGACCACCUGGUGGAAAAGGAGUGCCCGGGCAACCUGGAAUGGAUGGUCACCCAGGUGAUCCAGGACCUCCUGGUAAUCCCGGCACACCUGGCGCUCCUGGACUUCCCGGUCCACCUGGAAUACCUGGUGAGCCUGGAAAGGAUGGAGAAAAAGGCGGACAAGGACCUCCAGGACCACCUGGACAAGCUGGUCCACCAGGAGGCCGUGGUAUUAAUGGAGAACCAGGACAGGCUGGACUGCCUGGAGAGCCCGGCGUUCCUGGUGAGGCUGGUAUACCUGGCGAGAACGGAAGUCCCGGCCAGCCUGGAACUCCUGGCCGUCCCGGAACUCCCGGAGCUCCAGGACCUGACUCGCUUUACUGUCCUUGUCCAAGACGUGGAAAAGCCAAGGUGUCAAAGAAAAAGAAGGCCUAA